UGUAAUAGGCGAUCGUAAAUUUACGUCAUUUAUGAUUGCCAUGUGUAAUCGCUAGGUUAGGUUUCUCAUGGUAGCCGAGACAUCGUGUUGCUGAUGCAUGGCCAGGGUACAAAUUUACGCAGAUAAAUCCAACUCUGGAACAGUCGGUCAGGCACGAGGGAAUAAAUAACGCUGGCGUGGCAGCUCGUCUGCACGUCGAGGUGCUGUAAGCGCGUAGUGAGGUUAAGCUAUGGCGAAGUAUCUGAUACAGAUCAUCGUGAUGGGCACGCAGGUCGUCGGCAAAGCUUUUGCGCGCGCUUUACGCCAGGAGAUCGCGGCGAGCCAGGAAGCGGCGCGGCGAGCAGGUGGUGGCAGUCAGGGAGCGCAACACGUCGCUGCCAAUAGCAGAAUCGGUCUUACCCUAGAAGAGGCUCUACGCAUCCUGAACGUGGAACGUCCUGACCAGACGGAGUUGGUUGAGCGAAACUACAAAUAUCUCAUGGAGGCUAAUGACAAGUUGAAGGGUGGCUCAUUCUAUCUGCAAUCUAAGAUUGUCCGUGCCAAGGAGCGCAUUGACGAGGAACUAAAAAAUCAAAAGGGAACGACGACUCCACCACCACCGACGUCGCAGGAAGCUUCGACGAGCAGUCGAGAAACUUUCAGGCAGCCAUGAGAUUUGUUCCUAGUCUAAAUUUACUUAUUCUAAUUCUAGACAACUGUACAUAAUGUCAUAAUAAACAAUAGAUUCUGAUAUUGAUUAGCAUGGUUUUAAAGUAUAGCAUGUUGUUUUUUUUUA